CCCAUUAUGUUUCUUUUCCUCCUCCCGCCGAGGCAACAACAGCUGAGGCAGUUAUUUUCUCGUGCCACAGCCCUCGAUCGCGAGCGCACAGAGUAUGAUGCUGCAUCAUCUUUCACCAUAAACCCCACCAACGCACAACACCUGGAUUAUUCCAGAGGAUCACACACUCAAUUUUUUUCUUAACCGCUUGGAUUAUUGAUCAACCCUAUUGUGCUGAAACUGUCGUCAGAUUUUAUCUUUUGAAACUAUGUAAUCUGUUCUCUUUGGUCGGCAAAAGUUGGAUUCAGAUCGUUGCUUAAUUUGGAAUAAACUUUGUUUCUCCUUGAAAGAUUAAAUGGUUUUAUUAUAUGAUGUUUUUAAAUGCUUAUGCAAAUGCACUAGUUUUUUUUUUUCAGGCAAGGAAGCACACCCCAGUGUUUCGCUGUGUGCCCUGCUGAGCUACCAAUUCUUCGACUCUAGGAUGUAGGUGUGCAGUUCCUCGGAUAUUUUGCUCUUUCUCUUUUUUUGAGCCCUGUGGAGAAUAUGUGCAUUUAAAAAUAUGUGCAAUUAUCGGUUCAGAUUUGAAAUGUGAUUUCUUUUGCAAUUUAAUGUGCAUAAAAAUCGACGUUUCCUAAAACACUCCCGAAUCUGUGGAUCAUUGGAAAAGAGCAGAACUUUGUUGUUAUUUGCACCCAUCACUGAAACGAUGGCGUUGAGUGGAAAUUCUAAACCUAAAGACAGCUCUUUUCCAGAUGUUAUUGAAUUAAACGUGGGGGGACAAGUCUAUUAUACACGUUAUACUACGUUAAUCAAUACCCCUGGCUCUCUUUUGGGAAAAAUAUUCUCUCCCAAAAAUAAUGCAUCGAAUGAUCUUGCCAGGGACCCUAAAGGUCGUUAUUUCAUCGACCGGGAUGGUUUUUUGUUCAGAUACGUGUUAGACUACCUCAGGGAUAAACAGGUUGUUCUUCCUGACCACUUUCCAGAGAAAGGAAGGCUGAGGAAAGAAGCGGAAUACUUUCAAUUGCCUGACUUGGUUAAACUCUUAACCCCUGACGACCUAAAACCUAGUUCCGAUGAAUAUAUCCACAGUGAUUACGAGGACGGGUCUCAAGGAAGCGAUCAGCGAAUGUGUCCUCCGCCGUCACUCAUUCUCGCCGACAGAAAAAGCGGAUUCUUAACCGUCGGAUAUCGCGGGUCUUGUACAAUGGGUAGGGAAAAUCGAACCGAUGCCAAAUUCCGGAGGGUGCCUCGGAUUAUGAUAUGCGGCAGGAUUGCCCUGGCCAAAGAAGUUUUUGGCGAGACCCUAAACGAAAGCAGGGACCCUGACAGGACAGCUGAUAAGUACACAUCCCGCUUUUACCUAAAGUUCAAGCACCUUGAGCGCUCUUUCGACAUGCUCUCGGAGUGUGGUUUUCAGAUGGUCGCAUGUAACUCGUCUGUGACAGCCUCAAUUAUCAACCAGCAUACAGACGACAAGAUAUGGUCAAGUUACACUGAGUGGUCCAUCUCGCUGGUCAUCUCCGCCUUGCGAGUGUUGCUGCAAGGGACACAAAGGUGAAGCUGAGGGUGAAGGUGAGAGUGG